AUGACACCUGCAGCCGCAGCAGACAAUCAAGCUCAGAAGCAGAAGCAAAGCUGGGGGAUAAAAGCUUUCCAUAAGUUGGUAUCCCCUCCUGCUACUGAAAAAACGGAUGCAACACAGCUAACUUGCUGCAGAGUGAAAGGCCUAUUCACCAGCGACUUUUCCGGCGAGAUCAGUAGCGGCGACGUCGAAAUCCAUACCUGGAAUGGCCCGAAUGAUCCUGAAAACCCCUCAAUCCUCACAGGACUUCCGGCAGGAACCUAUGGUUCUGGCAACGACUGGAUGGCUGAGAAAUUCCACGUACAGAACUCACCCUUCCCAAACCUUUACUGGGCAACCACAUCAUGGAACAUGGGCGCCGCCUUCUGGCCACUCAUUUUUGUCCCUUUGACUGAAUCUUCCGGUCGAAUGCCAGGUUACUUUGUGGCAUACAUCAUCCUAAUCAUCAGUCUCUUCCCGAGCGCAUUCGCACCGAACUUCGCAACGCUUGUCGUGACACGGUUCUUCGGCGGGGGCGCUUCGUCUGUUUCAAUCAAUAUCGUCGGAGGAAGUAUAUCAGAUGUCUGGCACGGGGAUAAAGCACGAAGCCUCCCAAUGUCGCUCUUCGGAUUCACGAGUGUAGUCGGCAUCGCCCUUGGCCCGUUCAUUGGCAGCGCCAUCGUCCAGAUCCACAAGAACGAUCCCUGGCGCUGGAUCUUCUACGUGCAGAUCAUCUAUAACGCCGGGCUCUUGCCCAUCUUCUGGCUAAUCCUGCGCGAGACCCGACCAGAUGUAAUCCUCAAGCGUCGUGCUGCUAAAAUCCGCAAAGAAACCGGCCGUCCCGUCUACGCCCAAGCCGAUAUCAACGCCCCGUCUACCCUCCGCCUCCUCCAAAUCUCCUUCAAGAGACCGACGAAAAUGCUGCUCACUGAACCCGUCGUCACUUUCUUCACUCUUUGGAUUAGUUUCGCCUGGGGUAUUCUGUACCUCUUCUUUAGCAGCGUUGUGCAAACGUUCGGCGAGAACUACGGCUGGGAUACUUUGGCAACGGGUCUCGUGCAACUCGCCAUCUCUGUCGGUGCCGUGAUUGGUACUGUGUUCAACCCGUUUCAGGACUGGCUCUAUCUUCGCUCGUCGAGUAGGAAUAAGGAAAAACCUAGCAAGCCUAUCCCCGAAGCGCGCCUGUAUACGUCCAUACCGGGCUCGCUCCUUUUUGCCGCAGGCCUCUUCUGGUACGGCUGGGCUUCACAACCAGACGUGCACUGGAUCGUGCCUACGAUGGGAAUUACAGCAGCAGGUGUCGGGAUUUACAGUAUUUACAUGGCUGUUGUGAAUUAUCUUACUGAUGCGUACGAGCGAUACGCGGCCUCCGCGCUGUCUGCUGCGAGUUUAGGACGGAAUUCCUUUGGUGCAUUUCUGCCGCUGGCUAGUCCACAACUGUUUAGCAACCUUGGUUUUGGAUGGGCAGGCACUCUUCUCGGAUUCAUAGGGGUUGCAUUGAGUGUUGUCCCUGUGGUACUGGUGCUCAAAGGCCCUGCUAUUCGACGCAGUAGUCCGUUCAUGAGGGAGAGUAUGUGGGAUACUGACACGGAGGAGAACGAAACCGGGGAUGGCUUAGACGUGAAGGAGGGUGAUCGGGCUGAGGCUGUCUGA